AUGAGGAUGAGCUGUAAUGGUUGUCGAGUGCUCCGCAAGGGCUGCAGCGACGACUGCAGCAUCCGGCCAUGUCUGCAGUGGAUCAAGAACCCCGAGUGGCAAGCCAACGCCACCGUCUUCCUCGCCAAGUUCUACGGCCGCGCUGGACUCAUGAAUCUGAUCAACACCGGCCCCGACCACCUCCGCCCGGGUAAGUGAUGCGAGUGAGACAAUUAGAACACCCCCACCACGGCUCUGAUUCGAGCAGGUUUUCUGACGGAUAGCUAUGAUGUUGCAGCCAUCUUCCGGUCGCUGUUGUACGAGGCAUGUGGGAGGAUGGUGAACCCGAUCUACGGCUCCAUCGGGCUUCUCUGGACAGGAAGCUGGCAGCUCUGCCAGGCCGCCGUCGAGGCAGUGCUCAAGGGCCGCCCCAUCAUGCAAAUCCCUGCUGAUAGCCCUGCGGGCGCCCCGAUUCCCCCUCUACAGAAGGCAUUCUCGUCCAACAUCCGUCACGUUUCCAAGGAGGACGCCGCCGUCGCCGUCAAAGAGAUCAACAAGGUGAACAAGGACUCACGGACGCCCUUCAAGCGUUCGGUGAAGCGCCGACUCCUGUCCCCCAAGGACUUUUACAGCCUGACGCGCCCCCAGUCGUCCACCAGCUGGGGUUCCGACCGCAACUCCACCGACGAUGAUGAUUGCAGGGAGAACGAAGCUAUGCUCUCUGUGGAGACGGUCGAGGAGUCCUUGGUGACUUGCCACGAGACAGAGAGGGGGAAAGUAGGGCGCGAGGCCGCGGAGGAUAGCGAUGUGGAACUGGAAUUGACGCUGGGAUUUGAGCCAGUUCACCAUAGCCACAGCAGUAGCAGCAGCAGCAGCCACAGCCGGGGGCACAGCGCGAUGUGGAGCGGCAUCCACCCGGGGGGGAAGGAGCCGCCCAAAGGGUGCGGUCUCAUCAGAAUGAACGACGUGGACAGAGAUGGGUUGGGUAAGGAUCUUGGGCUUGAUCUCGCCGCGUGA